AUGCCGUAUCUCUGGGCCAUUGGCGGUUUUAACUUCGUUGGUCCGCCUAGUGAUGAAAAAGGCGGUCUCUUGAUCGACCUUGGUCAGCAGCAGAAAACUGAGACCCAGACUAUUGCGAAGCAGGGGGGAAAUCAUGAAGUCAUUGUCUUGGCCUCUUCACAUUCGCCCGACACACAACGAGUAUUUCAACCCUCUCCUCGAAAGUCAAGAAAAGUCAUCAAGUUGAAAAACAGCGAGGUGGUCUCUCCCAAUCGCGACACUGCUUACCCUUCUACUGCGACUUUCGGCUCGCAUUCAGGGGAUACAAGGAAAAGAAAGACGUGUGCAGGUGAUGCACUUGACUCGGAAUCAACGGAGGAACCCAAUAGCUCAAAUGAGGGGCUGUUUGUCAAGGGAGCGGAGUUUUCAAAUGAAGAGGUACCCCCAAAGAAGAAGAAGAAGGAAUUACUGGGCAAGUUCAAGAAACUCACAGACGGCCGUUUCUUGGAUUAUGAAAGCCGGUUGGCCGAGCAUCACGAAUGGAUCACGACCCAAGACUUGCGAAUUGGAGCUCAAGAAGAACUCCUCGCCGGCCUGAAGAUGGAACUCGAGGGGAUUAAGGUUCGGGUCAGACUGGUAGCAACAAACCAGCCAAACAGUUCUCAACGAAGCGAGGACAUCAAAGCAAUUCAGGAAAUUCUCGAGGAGCUCCAACGCCGUCUUAACGGCCGGCACUUGUACAUUCGAAAGGAGGUUAAGACCGUCUGGAAAGACCUAGAGCAACUCCUCGCCAACGGUCUGCAGCAGUCAUUUACCCGUCUGAAGGCCCUUGACAAAGAUACUUCUGCCCAAAAAACACGUCUAGAAGUAUAUCAAAAGGAAGAGCAAGGAGAGUUGAUUGCGAGACAGGAGGAAACAACCAAGAAACUCCGAGUUGAUUUGAUUGAAAUGGGACAGUAUAUGAAACGGAAACUCUCUAGACCGAAGAAGCCCUCUUAG